GGUGACUGGCAGAGCGCAGAUGGUCCCCUUCUCUGGGUCAGCAUCUUUAGCAGAAGAUAGAGAAGAGACUUCAGUACCACAGACAGAGAUGAGUAGAUACAGAUGGAUACCACCUGCUGAUUUCCCCCACAAACAGUUUGGAACCUACCGACCCCAGAUGAACCCAUGGAUUUAUGGGCUUCCCAUCCUAUUCCUGAGUGCUUAUUUUAUUACCAGAUGUGGUGGGGACUCUAACUUGGACCUGAGACUGGCCAAUGGAAGCAGCAAGUGUGCUGGGAGAGUGGAAGUGAAAUUCCAGGCUCAGUGGGGCCAGGUGUGCAAUGAUGGUUGGGGCAAAAAUGAGAUUUCUGUGGUCUGCAAGCAGCUAGGGUGUCCAUCUACUUUCUUCAUCCCUGGGAGGAAGAAUUUGACUGUUACACCUGGACCCUUCUGGUUGGCUGGGGUUUCCUGUCAUGGGAAUGAAUCUGCACUCUGGGACUGCAGACACAGUGGCUGGAGAGAGCACAACUGCACUCACGGUCAAGAUGCCCAAGUGACCUGCACAGGUGAAGAAGACUUGGAACUGAGGCUGGCAGAUGGGGCUAAUCACUGUGAAGGCAGAGUGGAGUUAAAAGUGAAAGGAGAGUGGGGGACUGUGUGUGAUGAUAGCUGGGGCAAUAUGGAAGCUUCCAUAGUGUGUAGACAGCUGGGAUGUGGAUCAGUUCUUCAUUUCCUUGGGAAUGCAAAAAAUGGAUCUGGACCCAUUUGGCUUGAUGAAGUUUCCUGUCUUGGUAAUGAAUCAGCUCUCUGGAACUGCCAACACAGUGGAUGGGGAGAGCAUAAUUGUAAUCAUGAUGAGGAUGUGUUCAUUAUAUGCUCAAAGGGAGCAGAUCUGUCCCUGAGGCUGGGGAGUGGAGUAAACUCCUGUUCAGGACGAGUGGAGGUGAGAAUAAAUAACGAGUGGGGGACAGUCUGUGAUGAUAAUUGGAACAAGAAUGCUGAGGCUGUGGUGUGUAGGCAAGCGGGAUGCCCCUCUGCUAUAAGCGCCUUGAUUAGCGUCAAUGCUAGUGAUGACAUUGAACACAUUUGGUUUGAUGAUGUUUCUUGCAAUGGGAAUGAGUCUGCUCUCUGGGACUGCAAACACAGAGGAUGGAAAACCCAUGACUGUGGACACAGUGAGGAUGUUGGAGUGAUGUGUUCAGAUUCAUCCGCCCUGGAGCUGAGGCUGCUUGGGGGUAGCAGCCAGUGUGCAGGGGUAGUGCAGGUAAGAGUCCAUGAGGAGGUGGGCAUCGUGUGCAGGAGAAGCUGGUCACUCGAUGAAGCCACCAUGGUUUGCAAGCAACUGGGCUGUGGAGUUGCUGUCAGCAUCCCCUUGGAACACAGUUUUGGGACCAUCUCUGAGCACGUCUGGAUCACUGGAAUCAAAUGCUAUGGAAAAGAGGAAUCUUUUGGGGAUUGUGGGAAUUGGGAAUGGGGAAAGAUCUCCUGUCAUGAGGAUGAAAAAGCUGCUGUCAUCUGCUCAGACCACAUGCAACCACGACUGAGUGGGGGAGACUUUCCCUGCUCUGGGAGAGUGGAAGUGAAGUACGAGGACAGCUGGGUCUCUGUCUGCAGUCCUGAUUUUCCUCUGCAGACAGCGAGUGUGUUGUGCCGGGAGCUACAGUGUGGCACCCUUGUCUCUCUCCUGGAUGGGGCUUCCUUUGGAGAAGGAGGUGGCCAAGUCCUGCCUGAGCUGCUUCAGUGUACAGGCAACGAGUCCCAUGUCACAUUGUGCCCCACAGUGCCCAUUCAUGGCAGGAAGUGCAGCUCUGACAGGACCAUCGGCAUCAUCUGCUCAAGGUACAGAGACUUCCGGCUGAUGGAUGGCAACUCCAGGUGUGAGGGACGUGUUGAGAUCCAGGUUCAAGGAGUCUGGGGAGCCCUCUGUGGCUCCCACUGGGAUCUGACCAAUGCCAAUGUUCUCUGCAAGCAACUUGACUGUGGAGUCGCUGUCUCAGCCUCCACAGGAGUGUAUUUUGGAAAAGCAAGAGGCCCUGUAUGGGGGCACACAUAUCACUGCUCAGGGACUGAGCCCCACCUGGAGACUUGUCCAAUGACUGCUUUGGGAGCCCCACAUUGUAGUCCUGAAAAUACUGCUCUUGUGAACUGUUCAGGAAACCAGCAGGAUGAUCAAUUCCAGUGCCAAGAUGCUCAGCCUCAGUUACCUUUAUGCUCAGAGCUGAGACAGAUCAACCUUGUGAAUGGGGGAGAUCGCUGUGCUGGAAGAGUCGAGGUCUACCAUGAUGGUGCCUGGGGCACCAUCUGUGAUGACUCCUGGGACCUAAAUGAUGCCCAGGUGGUGUGUAGACAGCUUGGCUGUGGUGUGGCCUACAAUGCCACCAUUUCUGCUCAUUUUGGAGCAGGAACUGGGCCCAUCUGGCUGGACGAUGUGAACUGCUCUGGGAAUGAAUCCAAGGUGUGGCAAUGUCCCUCAAGAGACUGGGGUCAGCACAAAUGCAGGCACAAGGAAGAUGCAGGAGUGCUCUGCUCAGAGGUCAUGUCUCUGAGGCUGCUCAGCGAGACCAACAGCCAGGCCUGUGAAGGACGACUGGAAGUCUUCUACAAUGGGAUCUGGGGCAGCGUUGGCAGACAGAACAUGACCGCAGUCACCGUGGGAGUGGUUUGCAGGCAUUUAGGCUGUGGGGACAGUGGGAUUCUUGACUUUGCUCAUACAAAUGAGGCAAGUUCCAGAACCAUGUGGGUCAAUGGUGUUCAGUGUCCUAAGGGACCUACCUCCCUUUGGCAGUGUCCAUCAGAUCCAUGGGAGAAGAGACCAUCCAAUGCAAUAGAGGAGGCCUGGAUCACGUGUGUUGGCAAGAUCCGAGUCCGAGGAGGAGGAGACAAGUGUUCAGGGCGUGUGGAGGUCUGGCAUGAAGGUUCCUGGGGAACAGUGUGUGAUGACGCUUGGGAUCUGGCUGAUGCUGAGGUGACCUGUCAACAACUGGGCUGCGGCUCAGCCUUGGGUGCCCCAGGGGAGGCUGCAUUUGGCCAAGGAAUCGGGCCCAUCUGGCUGAAUAAUGUUCAUUGCAAAGGGAAUGAGUCCUCUCUGUGGGACUGUGUUGCUGAUCCCUGGGGGCAGACAGAUUGUGGGCACAAAGAAGAUGCUGGUGUGAGGUGCUCAGGUGUUCCCACAACUAGAGAACUUCAGGAAUCUUCAGGUCACAAAGCCUUGAAGCUCUUCUGGGUCCUUGGGGCUGUCCUGAUAGUACUGUUCCUACUUGCUCUCUUCCUGUGGUGCAAAGCUAGAGGAUGGACUGACCAAAUCAGAGCAGGGAAUGUUCUUCAGGAAGCUGUUUACAAGAAGAUGGGUGUUCCCCAGAAGGAGGAUGAAGACCUACAUCUAUUUAACCACCCAGAGGCUCCUAAUGGCUUAAGUGGUGUCCCAAGAUCUGGUUUUGAAGUUGCUGGAGGAGUCUCUGAGCCUGAAUCACUUUGCAUUUCCUGGGUUAACAAAAGAGAUGCCUUGGCAUCCCCAGAAGAGAGGAGCAGGAACAGAAAUUCUACAAGUCAAUACCUACAAUUCCUUGAAAUAGACACCACCCUUUGAAAAGAAGUCGAAUAAAACCAUCCCUUGGAUAAACACCAUUGUGAUGUGGAACUCAGCUUUUCUUGGUAGGACUAAAAGAACAGCUAAGUUUGGAGGGAAGUGGUGACUACGAUGCUGAGUCGUAUGUAUUGUUAUCAUAUCCUCCCUUGGGAAUGAAAUAAAGAAGAGCGAUACUGCUUGAGAUCCA